AUGGCGACUGGCUACGGGGCCGCACAUCUCAUCUCCCCAUCGCCUUCAGUGUAUUCGGAACAUGCUGAUAUGACUGCAAAGCAUACUGGUCCAUCUCCUCCUUUUACCAGUGGUUUUCAACUUCAAUCUUGCCUGCGAUGCGCUCACCGUAAGGUGCGAUGUGACCGAGUAUACCCCUGCUCAAGGUGCACCAAGAAUGAUAUGCCCUGUGAAUUUCCGCCACCAAAGACGGAGAAGCGCAGAAGGAAAAGGCCACCCCCAGCGACUCUGUCGACGUCGGCCUCGAAUGAAAAAUUAAGAGAGAAACUUAAGCACUAUGAGGAGAUCUUCAAAGGCCUAGGCAACUAUAUGGAAUCCACGGGGGUUGCAAAUUCCUCUCGUCCACGAGACGUGGCCGACUCUCCGGGGAGCGACGUAGGCGUGGCGGACACAUGUGUCCCAAAAUCACACGCUCCCAACAAGGAGGUUGGCAAUAUCUUAGUUGUUAAUGGGAAACGAAGCCACUAUAUCGAGGGCAACUUAUGGGUCAUGAUGAAAGAAAAUCUGGACACCGGUACCAUUCUACGCGAAUUGUCUGGCGACGAAGAUGAAGAUACUGAGUAUACUGCUAGCGCCAACGCACUGGCUUUGGGCAGACUGCCUAGGACUGCCAGAAUAAAAGAUCUCUAUCCAGAGUGGUUACAUUUCUCCUCAUUGUGGUGCACAUAUCUUCACAACAUUCAGCCCGUCACAAUGAUCCUCCACGCCCCGACCGUCAGCAUUGUUUUGGCAGAAGCCGUUAAGGGUCAUACCAAGGUGUCAAAAGACACGGAGGCCUUGUUGUUCGCGGUCAUGGCGUGUGCACUCAUGUCUCUCACAGAUGCCGAGUGCCUUCGAAAAUUCGGGGAGGAGAAAUCAAAGCUCCUGUCAGGAUACCUACUAGGCUGUGAAAUGGCCCUUAUAAAUGCAAAUUUCCUCACAUCCUUUAAUCUGGUCGUGUUACAAUCUUAUAUGAUUUACGUGCUAGCAUUGAGUCCAGACACCGAUCCCCACAAGUUAUGUAAUCUCAUGGGUAUAGCCAAACGGAGCGCACAACGGCUGGGGCUGCACCAGGAGAUAUCUGCGACGGGUCUCAGUCCAUUUGACUUGGAGAUGCGACGCAGGCUGUGGUACCAAAUUGUCAUCUACGAUACGAUAUCAGCCCACGUUGCGGGUUUGCCUAUACCUGAGCCCAGCUUCGAGAUCUCGCUUCCGAGCAAUGUCAACGAAACUGACUUGUCUCCGACUAUGGGAGAACCGCCCAAAGAGCGUUUAGGUGCCACGGAUAUGAUAUUUUGUAAUCUACAGUACAAAAUUAUAAACCUCAUGCACAACGUCAAUCACAGCAGGAUGUCAUGGGCACUUCCAGGAGGAAUGCUAACUGGGUCUGGAGCUACUCAAAGCUGCUGUUCUGAGAAGGAAAUUUUCAUCAAAGACGUGGAGAAAGAGAUUGAGUUGGAUCUCCUCCGCUAUUGUGAUACGCUCAACCCGGUCCAUUCCCUGACAGCUACUAUGGCUCGACUUACCCUGUGUAAGCUACGCUUCACCAUGCUUCAUCCUUCUCAAUACAAAAGUCAUCUGAACAACCCAGCAGUAGAGGAUAGGGACCUAAAGUUCUUGAUGGCACUGAGGGCCCUCGAAUACGAAAACAAUGCCCUUGGACAGUUGUGCACCCAGAGAUUCAUGUGGCACAUACACCAGGAUUUCCCGUGGACUUGCCUUGUGCACAUUCUUCAAGACCUUAAGACACGGCCCCAAGGCGAGCUACCUGACAAAGCUUGGGAACAAAUUCACAUGUCAUAUGAGUUCAGGAAAUCCCUCUAUCAAUGCCGAAACCAGGAUGUACCGCUUUACGUGGUAAUAAACAGGAUGACAGUUGCUGCAUGGCGAGUCCGAGAGCUCUGGGCUUCUGAGUAUGGUCAGGUACUAGAGACUCCUAGAUAUAUCAUAAUGCUGCAGCAACAACAGCAACGCAUAGGAUAUAAACGGAAAACAGCAAAUCCACAACUUCCCUUUAACGUCGAUGCGCCGAAAUACCAAGCAGAUAGGGUGCUACUUCAACCGAGCAAUUUCGAGCAAGUUGCUGUUGACUGGUCAGGCGAAUCCGAUCCCAACAUCGCUACCUCAGGCCUGCGAGUUGAUAUGGAUGUGAACUUUUUUCAUGCGAUACCAAACCCUAGCCAAGAUACUACAUCCCUGCCCAUGCAAGCCUGCAAAAACAAUUCUAGCCAGGCGCAAGCCAUGCAUCCCCCUUUUGCCUGGGCUAAACAGGGUAGCUCCGCGUGGUGGACGGAUGCGAACAACUCAAAUCCAGAGGCUGCUUCCCGGUUUAAACGAAAUAUUUAUGGACAGGCGACUUUAUCAACUGCAGAAUCAAUGACCAGGACAACGCCACACUUUGUGCAAGGGGGAUUUGUGGAACCUUUUACAGUCCACGAGGCAAACAUGGACAGCUCCACAGAGAAUCAGAGAAUUCAGAACUUUCAACAAUAUGCACCCGACUUAUCUGAAGAGGAGCAACUCUCUGCAUAG